UCAGACCCAGAUGAAGAAGAGACUCCGGCAGAAGAAACACAAUUGAGAAUGGAGCAGGACGUCUCUGAAUGGUGCUUAUGUGGCAAAUGUGAGAAGAUGGCUACAGAACCAGAAAAUAUAUGCUGCAGGGAGAUAGAACAGGUUACAAGACGGAUGAAACAACUUCAAGUCACUCCAUCAUGUAUGGUAGACCAUCCCGAAAUGGAUCCAGUUUGUUUCAAUGUGUUUUCGUUACAAAACGCUUUUAACAUUUACAGGGCUGACUAUGGUCCCCUGCGACUUCGUGGAGUACAACAUCGUUACAGAUUUUUAGCUUAUCGGAGUUUUGUGAGCUGGUGCUGGGGUUUCCUUGGACGAAAAGUUCGAGUUGUGAUUCCAGCCUGUGUGGUCCUGAGGAUUCAAAGAGAGUUUCCUGAUGCCCAGGGUAGUUAUGUAGGUUUUCGAUCCACCUAUUGAUUAAACCGAGAUACCCUACUACAGAUGGCCUCCUCCUUCUCUGGCCGGUCAUACUCUGCACACAAUGCUGGUGAUAUUGGUAUCCUCAAAACAUCAUCCACAUAUGGUGCAGGAUCCACAAAGACUUUUAUCAAAUAUAAGGUCCAGCAGGUCAUCCACAUAUCCUGUGCAAUAUAACAUUUUAUUUUGUUUUUAAUUAGUAAAAUAUUGAGUUUUCAAAUAGCUUGUAAGAAACGAUGCAAAAAAGAUAUGUACAUUUGUAGUAAAUUUGUUAAGUAAACUCAUUUUAUACAUACUGAAUGUUGCUUGUGUCUUAACUUCUCUGAGCCGG